AUGCCCAAGCUCUCGAUCCCGCACAAGGGCGAUUUCUUCGGGUUCUCUAUCGAGAUGUCAGUGGUUCAGCAAGUUAUCGGCAAGAAUGCUUCGUUCCUUCAGCCCACAUUCCUCAACCUGCUCGCCACGGUCGCCGACCGCGCGGGCAGCGUCCGAGUUCGAAUUGGCGGUAACACGCAGGAAAUUGCUACGCUCGUCGCCAGUCUCCCGGAAAACGCGAUGAUCGCAAAGGACCACAGCGUAGACGACAAUGCUCCCACCCAGACGCCGACGCUGGAUCUUACGGACGAGUUCUUGUAUCUCUUCGCGAACGUCUCGUCGUUGGUGAACGCAAAGUGGUAUCUAGGUAUCCCGAUGAACGACACGAGCCACCUCCGCCUGCAGAUUGCCGAACAUGCGGAUGCUAUCUUGGGUAGCAACGUCCUUGGGUACCAGGUCGGGAACGAGCCGGAUCUUUACGGCCAACACGGGCUCGGAGGUCGUCCGAAGACGUACAACCAGACGGACUACUUCAACGAAUUCGGGACCAUGGUCAACGGUAUAAACAACGAUCCGCAGAUCGCCUCGAAGAACAAGAUCGUAGCUCCCAGUCUACAGGGGACGUGGACUCCGGAGUCGCUCUGGGACAUUGGCUAUCUGAACACGUACUCGUCAUUCCUGGACGUCAUCUCCGUCGAACACUAUCCCGAGCAAAAUUGCGCCGCCGCCUUUCCUGGAGAUGGCCUUGGGCCAAUCAUUAACCCCCAAGACGUCUUCGCGGACUACCUCACGCACGCGUCCGGACAAAGCAUCGUGCAGCCGUACCUGAACAGCGCGGGGAUCGCUCAGCAGUACGACAAGGAUUUCAUGAUGUUCGAGACGAACACGGCGUCGUGCGGCGGGUUCGCAGGCGUGAGCGACAGCUUCGGGUCCGCGCUAUGGGCAGUAGACUACGGGUUGCAGAUGGCAUAUAGCAACUUCUCGGGGGCGAUGCUGCAUAUUGGAGGACAGAACGUGUCAUACAACCCAUUCACUCCUCCUCCAACCAACCUCUCGCUCAUCAACAAGUGGACGGUCGGGCCGAUCAUGUACUCUACGCUCUUCCUCGCGGAAGCGCUUGGGACAACGAACACUUCACGCGUUGUCGACCUUGCAGCAAACAACGGCAGUGAGUUUACACCCGGCUUUGCUAUUUACGAGAACGACGCCUUGGCGCGCGUAGCUCUUGUCAACUUCAUGACCGAGCAGAACGGCCAGGGCGCGUACAACGCUACGAUCUCUAUCGGCGGCAGCGCCGUUGGUGAGUCUAAUGCCGUUCCGGCUCAGGUCCGAGUCAAGUACCUGCUAGCGCCAUCAGUCGCUGAGAAAAAUCAAGUUACGUGGGCGAACCAGACGUUCGGCGGACGCUUCGCGGCAGAUGGACGCUUGUCUGGCAACGAAGUCAUCCAGACGAUCAGCUGUGACCAGAACGCGAACACCUGUGUCGUGCCCGUCCCCGCCCCCGGCGCAGCGCUGGUGUUUGUCUCGAGCGACGCCCAAUCAUCGUCCGAUCCUUCAGCCACGCAGACAUACGCGACAACCGCUGUCACGAACCCAGCGCAGAACGUGAACAUUGAUCCCACAGCGUUAGCGAACAGCAACGGGAGGAGUGGCGGUACUGGGCCGCUGGCCGGGACCAGCAAGGGCGGUGCGAACGGCGCGGGGCGCAUGUCUGGGAGCCUUUCACUGGGCCUCUGCUCCAUUCUAGCGUGUCUUUUUGUCUAG